AUCAGUACGUACCGAUGCCUGUCGGCGAGUGGACGUGUAUAGUAUUUUGUCCGAAUGACUUAUUCUCGACUUGCUUAAAUAAUGGUUUGUCUCCUGUGCGGCGCGUUCGUCCUCGGUUGCUGCGCGAUACUGUUUACUCUAACGAGAAAGUAUUUUGGCUCCCGUGAGGUGCCGAAGUUACCGGAAACCUGGUGGACGCCCGGCACCGAGGGCUCUGUCAAUAAUGAUAUUAGACCGUUCAAAGUUAUUUUUUCCGAAGAGAUGAUAAAGGAUUUGAAGUACCGAUUAAAUCAUACUAGACCUCUGACACCGCCGUUGAAAGACGUUGCCUGGAAUUACGGCACUAACACCGACGCCCUGCGCAAAUUUCUAGAUCAUUGGGCGAACGAGUAUAAUUUCGAGGAACGCGAGAAGUACAUAAAUCAGUAUCCGCAUCCGUUGUUAAUUGUACACGGAUGGCCUGGUUCCAUAAUGGAAUUUUACAAGAUCAUUCCAUUACUGACCUCACCGAGACCCGAGCACGAUUUCGUAUUUGAAGUGAUAGCGCCUUCGCUGCCUGGAUUCGGUUUCUCCAGCGCAGCUACGAUACCUGAACUUUCGAGUCUUCAAAUGAGCGUGAUUUUCAAGAAUCUCAUGUUAAGGCUCGGCUAUGAUAAGUAUUAUGUUCAAGGUGGCGAUUGGGGUGCCAUUGUCAUUCAAACCAUGUCGUGUCUAUAUCCGCAACACGUCUUGGGUAUGCAUUCCAAUUUAUGCUUAAUACUCAGUAAAUGGGCUCUACUGAAAAACGCAUUGAAGAGUUUUUCUUCGUUUUUACCUUGUGCUAAUAAAACUAAGAGAAAAGGUUUUAUCGGCCAGUUUCUGGCGGAGACUGGAUAUUAUCAUAUUCAAGCUACGAAACCGGAUACAGUUGGAGUCGGACUAAACGAUUCACCUGCCGGCUUAGCAUCGUAUAUCAUCGAGAAGUUUUCUACCGGCACAAAUGUGUCUUACAAAUACAGGGAAGACGGUGGAUUUCUGGAGAAAUAUACGUACGACGAAUUGAUCGACAACCUAAUGAUCUAUUGGGUGUCGAAUAGUAUGACUACGGCCAUGAGAAUAUACGCUGAACAGUACACCAAGUCGAACAGAUCCCUGACGGCAACCCUGAAUUCAAUACCGGUUAAAGUUCCCAGCGCCUGUGCGCAGUUCCCUCACGAAAUCAUGGCGCAAAGUCCGGACGAACUGAGAACACGAUUCGUGAAUCUCUUACGAAUUACCAAAAUGCCUCGAGGUGGUCAUUUCGCGGCAUUCGAGGAGCCCGAGUUACUCGCAAAUGAUAUAUGGAUUUCCAUCGACGAGAUCGAGAAGUGGAACAAAAAGCACAGGGAAACAAUUUUUUAUGAAUAAGAGGACAAACGUAAUUCAUAAACGAGAAGAGCAUAAAUCGCGCGUUAUUCGAAAUUACAAGGGCAUAAUGUAUUUUUUAUAACUUUUUUAUAAAGAUUUUCUAUUUUCAGUAUGUUUAUAUGAGAUAUAAACGAUCUUUUUAUCUUUAUUAGUGUAGAAAGGGUGUUUUCAAUACUUACUAUUCGAAAUUACAAGGGCAUAAUGUAUUUUUUAUAACUUUUUUAUAAAGAUUUUCUAUUUACAGUAUGUUUAUAUAAGAUAUAAACGAUCUUUUUAUCUUUAUUAGUGUAGAAAGGGUGUUUUCAAUAUACUUUGUAUUUUAGAUAGUAUAUAUUUUAUGAAGUUUAAUGAGAUACGAAAUUAUAUGUUUUAAAUAUGUUUUGAGUUAUUUUAAUUACAAGUUACAAUUUGGUCGUUGCAUAAUUUUCAAACACGGCGACGAUGGUGUUUAAAGAGCAGCAACGCGUUUUCACUCCAACUCGACUGUGACGAAUCUUAAUUGUUAUCGAACAACGAAGAACGCCACAGGCAAUGCUGACACAAAGUUGAACUUUCGAAAGACCGUGGUCGCCGUGGUGCAAUUAACAUCGAAAACUCAGGUAUAGAUAGCUGCUUGUUUAUCUUAUGGGUAACAUGAUCAAUUGAUACAAGCACGAUUUUUCUCGACGAAAUUAACGAUCAGUGAGCCUCUGUGAU